AAAAGAUUUCAUUUGAUUUGUUGCUGUCCUUUGAAGUAGCUGCUGCAGAACUGCACAAGAUCUGCACAAAGAAAUGGAUGAAGGAUAUUAUUUAGAUUAUAAUUACUCAUAUGAACACCCUAAUGAAACCAACGUCUGUGAAAUGGGUGACUAUUUCACACUUAACAUCUAUCUCACUGCCGUCCUCUACAUUCUGGUAUUUUUUCUCAGUCUGCUAGGAAACACUCUGGUGUUAUGGAUCCUAUUGAAAUAUGAAAACCUUACAUCUUUAACAAACAUCUUCAUCAUGAAUCUCUGUAUCUCUGAUUUAGUCUUCUCCUGCAUGCUGCCUUUUUGGGUAGUGGACCAGUCCUUUGGAUGGAUUUUUGGUGAGUUCCUUUGCAAAGCAUCAAACGCCGUUUUCUCCAUUGGCUACUACAGCGGUGUUUUCUUUUUGACUCUCAUGACUAUACUGAGGUACUUGUUUGUAGUGAACCCCCUUUCAACUCUGAGAUCCCAGACACAGUGCUGUGGUGUUCUGGUGUCCUUGGCUGUUUGGACUAUUAGCAUAUUAAUUGUGGUUCCUGAGGUGAUUCACACCACAGUGCAAGAAGACUCAGAAGAGCGAAGGUUCUGUGAUUAUGCUGAUGGGAAUUGGAAAAACGUGGACAUUUAUGUGAGAAAUGUACUCUUCCUGCUUUCCUUUGGAGUCAUCGUAUUCUGUUACUUCAAGAUACUCAUAAUCCUGCUUAGAGCAAGAUCUCGCAGAAAGCACAGAACUGUGAGACUCAUCCUCAUUAUUGUGGUGGCUUUUUUCCUGUGCUGGGCACCCUACAACAUCCUCAGCUUUCUGACUACUCUUCCAUCACCUACCUGUCAGUAUGUGAAAGACUCUGACCUUGCCUUUCACAUCAGCCGGAAAAUUGCUUUCUCCCACUGCUGCCUCAACCCUGUGCUUUAUGUAUUUGUUGGAGUCAAGUUCAAGAAGCAUUUGGCACAGUUAUGCAGUCUGUGUUUGCACUGCAGCAAUGGUCAACCCUCCAGCCCCAGGACCUGCUAUGAAGGCAAAUUCCAGCGUGAAGGGACAUCGGUCUACUGAAGCAAGACCCAACUAUCAGGACUAGUUCUGAAUGAACUUUCAGAUUUUGCAUGCCAUGGACAGCCUCUAAUUCUUACAGGCACUUCCCUGAGAAAGCCACACAAAUUUACUCUUUGCAAGCAUGCUGUGUAUGGAAAAUAACAAAAUGUAUUUGCAGUGGGAUGAAGACAUGAGAAUGCCAAGAAAUGACUUCACUGGCCUGAAAAUCUGAAGUUCACAAUUUUUUGCACAGUGAGAUGGAUUUUCUCUCAUUCAUACUCUCUUUUGAAAAGAAAAAAAAAAUAACUUUUCUUUUGGGCAUUAAAACAUCAGGUUUUAACAUAAAAGUUGUUGCCUAUCUCUUUCUUACCUGACUUAAAAUACUUGGAUUGUAUAUAGCAAUGGGCACAUAAGUAUUUUUGUAAAUUUUAAUGCUUUUCAGUGUUUAUCAGUUUACUCAUUGGUCUUUUUUUGAGGGGGGUGAUGUCUCUGGAUUAACUGUCAUGACAAUAGCUACAAGAACUCAGAGUUUCUGAAGUUCUGUGGGCAAAUGUUCUUUCAUCUUUUGGCAGAUAAAUAUAUAUAAAACUAGCUUUGUGUAAAAGUAGUCUUUUGGGUCUUAAAUGGAAAUUUUGGGAGACUCCUAGAAGGAACACAAGCUGUUAAACAGAUAGUUCACUAGGAUAUCAGUUUUCCUUCUGUUACUGCUCUUUGCCACAGGAUUCUUCCAGUCUUUGAAUACCAUUUCAGAUGACUGCAGCACAUCAACAGCUCAUCUCCUGAGCAGAGUGGGAGCAUAUUUGCCUCUGCUAUUUCCUUCCUUUUUCUCCAUUUGCCAUGGUGCUGAGAACACUUAAACUUACACUUUAUGGUGCAAAAAUGGCUUUUUAAAUAGCAGCAUAAAACCGGUUUGCUUUAUUUGCAAAAUUAAUGUUUGGGUGCCUUUUUUUUUUUUUUUUUUUUUUUUAAAUACAAAACUGAUAUCUUUCUUAAUUCUAGCUCAAUAGGUAUAUUUUUCCCCAGACAGUGUAACAUACAGUGCAUAUUCCAGUGUGGCUGAAUGACAAAGUGCCUGGAAAAUAGAAUAUUUAAUUUCCCAGCAUUUAUAUAGAGAGCCAAGGUAGUUUUGCAGUGGCACCAAGCAAUGUUUCUAAGCAACAAUUUGGCUUUUUGUGCAUCUGUCUUAAAAUGUCUAUGCUGUUUCCACACUAUUUUAUUUGAUCUCUAAAGAUUAUGUGGAGCAGACAACUAAUUCUUCACAGCUGCUGUGUAGUUUACAAAAAGCAGAAACUCAGAUAGGCCCACAAUACAAUAUCCUAUUUCUGAUUAUGCCCAGAAGCAAGGAUACCUAAGGAAAAGUGUAAUGGGGUGAGCAGAUAUGACAUAGAUCCAUACAGUCUUCCUAGGGCUUACCUAUAGUUUCUAGUUUGUGGUUUGGUUUAGUCGCCAGAACAAAUUGUAUCAUGUCUCUUAUCAUCAGAUGCACCGUUGAACAGAUCAGUCCUGGUAUCUUAUUUACAACAGUCACUGCCUAAAAUGUAAAAAAUUUAAAAGGGGACUCAUUAAUUCUGCAGGGUUCUCUUGUGUACAGACAAACCAUGGAAAGAUAGAAGUUAUCAUUUUUUUUUGCUGUAGUGGAGACCAGUCUUUGGCUAUUGUUUUCUGACAAGAAACAUUUGAAAUGAAUAUGACUUCAAAAGACUUUGGGCUGGGGACUGAAUACUGUCAAUUAUUGAAGAGAUAACUUAUUGAAGGACAAAUUAGACCAGUAUCUUCUAUUCUUCUAUUCUGGUACGCCAGGACCACUUCAUAGGUGCCAGCAAAUUUCCACAAGAGGAAAAAUACUGUGACCAUGAGUACCAAGAAGGUCUUAUGCACCUACAAAAUUUCAACAAGUAGUCAUUCAACUCAUUGUCCUAGAGCCACCUGACCAUGAAAUCUUUACUGUUCAUGUAUCUGUCUAAAACGAAGUGGAGAGUUACAAUAGAAGCACAAAGACUGAAAUGAUCCUGCUCUGCACAGUUUUUAGCAAAUUACUUAAAUCUGUUUGUAACUUGGCAUAUUUUGUUACAGUGUAUCUGAAUAUGCAAAAAGAAUUCUUGAUAUUACCCAACUGUAUUGCUGCCAUAACCAAAGUAACUCAGAACGUAGAUAUGCUGCCUCCUGAUACAAUGA